AUGCCGCCGGGACGGGCGGACAUCCAGGGCUUCCGCGGGCGCGUCCGCGGGGACGAUACUUUUCUGGAAAGCAAAGCUUCAUCAAAAACUGUAGAUGAAACAGUAGCCAACUUAAUUCCUUCUUCAUUUGAUGGUAGAGGUGGUAUUGAAAUAAAUCAAUUUCUAAUAGUCAUGCCUCAUAAUUUUUUUCAGCAGUCAGAAACAAAAAAUGAUGCUAGUGAAACUGAGCCUGAAGAAGGGUCAGAAAAGAAGAAAAAAAAAAAGAAAAAGAAGAAAAAAAACAAGUCAGCCACUGAGGUAGAGAAACCUCAAAAUGAAUCUACUACAAUACAGGAACCACCAAGGAUUGAGGAUGCUGAGGAGUUUCCUGAUCUGACAGCUGCUUCUGAUAGGAGAAACAGGCUAGGAUCUCAGAAAUCAUCGUUUGCUCCUGCUGUCAGAAAGCAGCCCGCAAUCUAUCUCCCUGAAGACACAGUGGAUGGAACUUCAAAGGUGGAUGGACUGUCAGGGAAGCAAGCUUCAUCUUCCUUAUUAGAAAGAAAGAAAAUGCAGGAAACAUCCAGAAGCGGUGGUAAGAAGAGUCAACUCCCUGUGCAGUUGGAUUUGGGUGGCAUGCUGGCAGUCUUGGAGCAGAAGCAGCAAACAGAGAAGUCGAAACAGUCUUCUAAACCUGUAGUGCUUUCAGUUGGCGGUGCCAUACCAUUGCUUUCUAAAGAACCUGCUACAGCCACAAAGAGUCACCGGUUAAACCAAGGAAAAAUGCCUCAUAACCCUUUGGAUUCCAGUGCUCCUUUGGUAAAGAAAGGGAAACAGAGAGAAGUCCCUAAAGCAAAGAGACCAACACCUCUUAAAAAGAUUAUUCUGAAAGAAAGAGAACAACGAAAACAGCAACACCUGUUAGAACAGACAGCAGUACCAAAAGAUGAAAAUAAUACUUGUCAGUCUGCAGAAAAUAUUACUGAAGAGGAAACGCUUCUACAGGAUAGUAAAGCAGCUGUUCCUCUAACGCAAGUUGCUGAAGGGUUUCUGGAGAACACAGGGAUCAAGGACUCUACAGAAGGUUCUAUGACUUCAAAGCAGCUAACCUCCAAUCUUCCAAAAAUCCAUAGUAGGAAUUUUAGAGAUUAUUGCAGCCAGGUACUUAGUAAAGAAGUUGACAGUUGUGUGACAGAUCUCUUAAAAGAACUGGUUCGUUUCCAAGAUCGCUUGUAUCAGAAAGACCCAGUAAAGGCCAAGAUAAAACGCAGGCUUGUUAUGGGUCUUAGAGAAGUUUUGAAACAUCUGAAGCUGAAAAAACUGAAGUGUGUCAUCAUCUCUCCUAACUGUGAAAAGAUUCAGUCAAAGGGUGGGCUGGAUGAAACUCUGCACAACAUUAUCGACUGCGCCUGUGAGCAGAACAUCCCCUUUGUGUUUGCCCUGAAUCGCAAGGCCCUGGGCCGCUGCCUGAACAAGGCAGUGCCUGUGAGCGUGGUGGGGAUUUUCAGCUAUGAUGGGGCUCAGGACCAUUUUCAUAGAAUGGUACAACUGACAACAGAGGCCAGAAAGGCCUACAAAGAUAUGAUAGCAGCUUUAGAGGAAGAAGCUCAAGGAGGACUAAGAGAAACCAAACCCAGCAUCCUAACCACUGCAUAUGAAAAAAAUGGCGUAUCAGAAACUGGUAAAACAUCUUCCAAGGACUCAGAUGAGGAUGUACCAAAUUAUAUUAAAAUCUGGAAGAGAAAACUUGAAGAAGAGUAUAACCCUUACGCAUUGGAACUGGAAAAGAGUGCAACUGCUGACACGGUGAUAGUGGAUUUGGAAGAACAUCAGUAA